AUGCACAUUGUGCAGGCGACACUGCUAGGGCAAGAUAUCUUCGAGAAGCGGUGCCACCGAAAUUUGUGCCACAUUUCAAGUCGCUCGAUUGCUAGCACUGGCCACAUAGGCUCGGGCAGCACCAAUGCCCAAGGCCCCCAACUCUUCGCGUUCGACGAGGCCAUGGCCAUGCGCGAAGUCUCGCCGUCCUCGCCGCUUUCCUCCCAUCUGCCCUCCAGACCACGAGUUUUCCAGGGAUACCUCGAUGAAAGGUGGUCCUACGGGGAUGCCCCGAACGGCGGCAUCCUCACCUCCAUGGCCAUCACGGCUGCCCGCCGCCUGAGCAGUCCUGCUCGCCCGGACCCUUUGUCUGUGUCCACCUACUUCGUCAAGAAGGUCAGGAGGGGGAGGGUUCUCGGGAGGGGAGACGAGCAUCGAGGAGACGGCCAGAGGGAGCUGUCGACCCCUUUCCUUCCUCGGCUCCUGGCCCACUCACGCGCUCGGCCGUCCCGGUGCCCCCAGGCCCUCGAAAAGACACCGGUCUUCCUCCACGUGACGCCCCUUGCUGCCUCCCGCUCGCAGGAAACCCUUCAGGUCGGGGUUGGGGGGCUUUCCGGGCCGACCGUGCUCCCGAUGGCGAACAUGGCAGGGAUGGGGCGCCUGCGUCGGGCCUGGAGGGUCUCAGCGGGUCCUGGCGACGCCGGCCAUGCCUGA